UUUAGGUAGUAUAGUAAGGUAAUUUAAUGCUUAUUUCAGUAUCUAUAUUACUCCAAAUAAAGCUCUAAAGCAUCUGUCUGGAGUAUGCAGCUCUAAAUAUGAUAUUUUUAAGCAUUUAUAACAGUGGAUAGGUCCCUUAGUUAGACUUUGAACUCAUAGAGUUUCAAAUUUAUGAUCUUGUGUCAUGAUAACAUAUUUAAUCAAUCCUCAAGCAGCAAAUAUUGAUUUUUUAGCCACAGGAAGACUAUUGCUCCAUCUUUAAUUUUAAUUUCAUCGAUGAAUUAUUUUUGGCUGAGGUUAAAGAAAACUUGAGGCUCUAGAAGCUUCGUGUCAAACUUUCAAAAUCUUACCAGAUUUGGAGUGUUGCCCGUCUACAAAGCCAUUUGGAUAUAAUGUAGAAUCCAAGGUUAUGGCAUCGCUUAACCUUUGCCUAAAACAAUGGAUGGAGGAGAUGCUAGUACUGUACUAUUUGUUCCAGACAGUAUAGUGCAAUAUUGCUUCAAAGAAACCCUUAAAUCUUGUCUUCUAUACUCUCUUUGAGCUUAGAGGGUAACAUAUCCAUCAUCUGCACACUUCUCAAGUAGCGUUACAUUCGAGGAUUAUUUUCAAAAAAGAAGAGCAAUGAAUGAAAACUCUAAGAUUAAUGAAGCGGUUGCAUUCCAUUAAAAAGUA